UGAAUGGGUCUGAACCAUGAUCCGGUGAAGCUUAAGGCUUGAUCUGUGAUGUGGGUUGUCACCGAGAAUACAAUUUGAAGUUCCUGCAAUGGCCGAUUUUCCUACGCGAUUGACUCCAUUACCAUAGUACACAAUCACGAACACUCAGAUUCUCAUGGCUCGUUUACUUUCCAUCUUCGUGCUGUUAGUGUUCGUACUCCACGUUGCCUCUGAAUCCACGGGAGAAGUAGUAGAACAAAUCAAUGGAGAAGAAUUCACUGAGGAGUUGCUGUUCAGACCACUUCCUGAUCGGAAAGUUCUUUCUCAUUUUCACUUCGAGAGUAAAGUUCCUCCGACAAAUUCUUAUGGACAUCACCACCGGCUUUUUCCCAAAGCUAUCUAUCAGCUGGUUCACAAAUAUAGAAUCAGAGAAAUGGAGCUGUCUUUCACUCAAGGUCGUUGGAAUUACGAAAGCUGGGGUGGUUUUGACCCUGUUUCAAGCAGCAACGCCAAACCUCCCGGAGUUGAAUUAUGGGCUGUGUUUGAUGUCUCCGCAGAUCAGGUCGAUGCUUCCUGGAAAAACCUAACACACACACUUUCAGGCCUCUUUUGUGCUUCAAUCAACUUUCUAGAAUCUUCCACCACGUAUUCUGCUCCAGACUGGAGCUUCCGCCCACUUUCAUCCAAUUUAAGAUACGGCUCAUUGCCUCGAGAGGCUGUUUGCACUGAAAAUCUGACUCCAUGGUUGAAGUUGCUUCCAUGUCGAGACAAAUCUGGGCUUUCUUCAUUAAUGGACAGACCAUCAAUUUACAGAGGAUUUUAUCAUUCUCAAAGGUUGCAUUUAACUUCAGGGGAAUUCGAUCCAAUGGCUUCAGAUCAUGGAAUAGUUCUUGAACAAACGCUUACAGUUGUUCUUCAACCAGAUGCUUUGGAAACUCGUGGCAGAAAGUUACAACCAAACUGGUCUAUGAGCUCAUUGUUUGGAAAAACAGUUGAUGGAAAAUGUGCUUUAGCAAAAUCUAGUAAUGUGUAUGUUCAACUUGAAGGUAGCUUAGUUCAUAACAUGAAAGACGAGGGUGAUGAAGGUCUAGAGAGUAAUUUAAACUUUGAAUUUUCCAUUUCUCCUGAUAGAAUAAUGAAAGAAGUAAACAGUUUCCACAGAGAACACUCCUCUAUCUUAUACGGUUUCUCAAUAAAAGAUCAUCAUUCUAAACCUUUUGAUUUGGGAUUCAAAUGGAAUCUUCCAGUAACUUGGUCAUGUGUGAAAGCACCAUUACGUGUUAGUCGGUUCUUAAUGGGAAGUGGGAAUGAAAGAGGUGCUAUUGCUCUCUCUUUACAGUCAACAGAAUGGAGUCAAAGUCUCCCAAAGGUUGACCAUAAUGAAGAAAAAUGUAGGUUAAAAGUAGAUGUUUUUCAAGUUGUGCCUUGGUAUAUCAAAGUAUAUUACCAUACUGCAAAAGUAUAUGUAGAUGGGGUACCCCAAUCUUUUGGGGAUGCCAUAGAAAAACUAAGUGUCUCACCUUCUGAAGAUAAGGUGUCCCCUGGAGUAAUGGAAAUGAGCUUGAAAUUACCUUGUGACUUGAAAUCAGCUUCAUUAACUUUAGAAUUUGACAAGGGUUUCUUGCACAUAGAUGAGUAUCCACCAGAUGCUAACCAGGGGUUUGACAUCCCAUCUGCCAUAAUCAGCUACCCGGACUUCCAGACAUGCAUGCAAUAUAAACAGGACAAUGCUUCCAUCAAGUCACCUAUGGUGUCUAAGAUGCAGGAAAAAAGAAAAAUAUUAUCUUACACAGAAGUGCUUCUUGUUCCUUUGACUACCCCUGAUUUUAGCAUGCCUUAUAAUGUAAUCACAAUUACAUGCACUGUUUUUGCGUUGUAUUUUGGGUCACUGAUGAAUGCACUUAGAAGACGUGUUGGGGAGGAAGAAAGACUUUUGAAAGAAAAAGAUAAAAAGAGUGGCAAGCUUCCAUCAUUGUUCUCCAAAUUGUCAGCUAAGUUGAGAGGAAAGCCUUGGGACCCGCCAUCUUCUUCUUCUUCUUCAAAGUUUAUAAGUUCAAAGACAGCGGCCUUGGUUAAUAUAUUGAUCCUCAAUUGCUUGGGUGUUAAUGUCAUGAACCUGAUUGAAAAGGCGGCUUCUAUUUUAGGCAAGAAACUCGAAAGGACUAAAUUUGUGAAAAUGUUGUUUGGUACGGACUUUGAGAAUUAA